AAGAUGGGAUGAUUGUCAUCAUCGAUAUAAACCGGAAAGGGGAGGUGAUACACAGAUUGCGAGGUCAUGAUGGAGAAAUUCAUUUUCUCUCCUGGUGCCCUCAGCUCUGCGAGCCGCAGUUCCUCAGUGACAUGACCUCAGAUACACUGGAGCUGAAUGGUGAGCUCACGACAGAGGACGCUACAAAGGACUGUUUUCUGGCAUCGGGAAGCAGGGACCAAACAAUCCGAGUCUGGAACGCCACAAAGGGCAAAGGUGUGAUCACUUUGAAGUUGCCAUCACUAAAACGAAGAGGAGGAGGAACAGAUGUGGGAAUAAAGGAGCGGAUUUGGCUGACAGUGCAUUGGUCUCGAACCUGUCCCACCCAAUUGUUCUCCAGUUGUUUUGGGGGAGAGCUGCUGCUCUGGGAUCUGACCAAGGCGGGGAAGCAGAAGUGGACACUGCUGGGGUCAUCAUCAGAAGGACAGAACCACAGCAGGAUCGUCUUCAACUUGAGUUCGGUCUCCCUCCAGGAUAACCGUGAGCUGCUGCUCUCUACCUCGAUGGACCGAGAUGUGAAGUGUUGGGAUCUGAAUACACUGGAGUGUUCCUGGACGCAGCCUACACUUGGGGGCUUUGUGUACAGCCUGGCAUUCUCUCCUGUGAAUAUCGGCUCCCUCGCUAUAGGUGUGGGUGACAGUAUGAUCAGGGUGUGGGACACCCUCUCCCUCCAGCGUGCUUAUGACAUCAAGACUCUAUGGCAAGGAAUUAAAUCCAAGGUCACAGCUUUGUGUUGGCAUCCAACCAAAGAGAGCACAUUGGCAUUCGGAACUGAUGAUGGCAAAGUUGGCAUUUAUGAAAUUUAUUCCAACAAGCCCCCUCAGAUUUCCAGCUCCUAUCACAGGAAAACAGUUUACACCCUGGCUUGGGGCCCACCACUGCCCCCCUUGGCAACCGGUGGGGAUGGGGAUGGGCCGGCUGUGACCCUGUACAGCUGUGCGGGCGAGGGUAUCAUCCUGCAACACAACCCCUGGAAACUGACGACAGACGCCCAGGACGUCAACCGGUUAAUCCGGGAGACCAAUGGAAUCAAGCAUAAACUUCCAGGUCGCAGUGAACUGAACUGGAAACCUGAUGGUAAAAUCCUGGCUAUUGGGAACGACGAUGGGUCGAUUGAGAUCUUCCAGGCUCCUCGCUUGAAGCUGUUGUGCACAAUUCAGACGCACCACAAACUGGUGAACGCGAUCCGCUGGCAUCACCCACACGGCGCACAGCCCGAGCUGAGCUCCCUCAUCGCAUCUGGCUCCAACAAUGCCAUUGUCUACGUUCACAACUUGAAAACCGUCCUGGAGAGCCCUCCGGACACUGCGAUAACAGUGACUGAACCGUACAGGACGUUACCAGGGCAUACUGCAAAGAUCACGAGCCUGGCCUGGAGCCCACACCACGAUGCAAUGCUGGUCUCUGCCUGCUAUGAUGGCACUGCGCAGGUCUGGGACGUCCUGAAGGAGGAGCCACUGAGCAACUAUCGGGGACACAUUGGGAGAUUGCUGGGGGUCCAGUGGUCUCCCGUCGAUCCUGACUGUGUAUGGACGGGAGGUGAUGACUUCACUGCACGGCAAUGGGAGGUUUCAAAGCAACAGCACACCCAACCACCCAGAGGAAAGAAGUCCAUCGAGUUGGAGAAGAAAAGACCCAACUGCUCGAAAACCAAAUCCAAAAAGGCCAGGAAGCGAACCGAGAAAGGGAGCGUUGGGCAGGAAGGAGAAGAGAGCCAGGAGAACACGACCCAGAAUGUGGUGGGCAGCAGAAAUGGCAGUGCUGACCGGGCCGAGGAGGAGGAGGAAGACUGUCGGGACGAAACCGAGAUGGCAAAGCUGUCCAAUGGAACCCCUCGAAUUGCGGUUUCACUGGACGAGCCCAGAGCACAGGAGAAUACGGAUUCUGUUCUUCCCAACAGCCUACACACCGUGGUGAGCCGAACUCCCCAGAUGAAGCCAGACCGGCUGAAAGACGAGAGGAGGAGGGAGCGAGCAGAGGUGACUGUGAAGAAGAAGAAGGGGCGAUCCGUUCUCCCGCUCAGUACGAUCAAUGAUCACCAAUCAAAGGAGCAGCUCCUCUCGGACUGCGUGAACCUUGCUAACAUCCUCUACUCGAAAGAGUCUGAGAGCCAGAGUCGGCCAGGAUCGGGAGAUGAAAUCCAGCUGGGUCUCUUUGUGGACAGGGCAGCUGUAUACAGGAUGUUUGAGGAGGAAGGGCAGAAUCAUCUAGAAGCUGGGCACUCCGAGAUCUGUUACCAGCUGAUGUUGUGGAAAGGCGAUGUUAGAGGAGCUUUGGAGAUGGCCACUGAGAGGGGAGAGCUGAACGACGCUUUAGUUGCUAUGGCGCCCAUGGCUGGAUACACGGUUUGGAUGCGAACAGUUGAAGCCUUUUCCAAACAGCUGUGUUUCCAGGAACAGUAUGUGAAGGCUGCCACUUACCUGCUGUACAUUCACAAAGUCUAUGAGGCAGUGAAACUCCUCCAGUCUCACCAGCUGUUUCGAGAAGCCAUUGCCAUCGCCAAAGCCCGUUUACAGCCUGAUGAUCCAUUGUUGAAGGAGCUUUACACCAACUGUGCUAGUUUCAUGGAGAAAGACGGCCAUUAUACAAUCGCAGCCAAAUGCUACCUAACAGCCCAGUCUCCUUACGAUGCGGCUAAGAUCCUGGCAAGGAAGGGUGACGUGCCUUCGCUACAGACCGCUGCAACAGUGGCGUCGAUCGUUGGGGAGCAGGAGCUGUCCUCCUUGUUCUCCUCCAGAUGCUCCUUGGACCUAUUAGCCCAGCGUGACUGGCAGGGGGCACAAGACAUCCUGCGCCCGCAGGAGGGUUUGCUGGGGCAAAGGUUGGUGCUGUGUACAUAUGAGUUACUGUACCGGUAUCUUGCCGAUGGGAAUCUGAUUCUGUGGAAGAGUAUGAACCCACCCUGCUACCACGAUUGGACCUUACGGAGGGAUGAACCCCUCAUUCAUUCGGUGAUUGCAAUCUGGCAAUGUGAGUUUGGCAUCACGUCAGCCGACACAGAGCGAUUGAAGACUGCUCAUCAGCAGCUGAGGAUAACUGAACAUCCAGAGGCAUCUCCCAACACCCUGCCCAGACUGCUGAUGCUGUACUUGGCUCAUGACCUUAGUCUGGCCAUAGCUUGCAGUCUACUGUCUGAUUGGAGCCAGAUGGUCACUGCCUUACUCAAUGCUGUGCAUCGCUGUAUCAGUGCUGGAGACUUCACUUUGAUGCGGGAAAUCAGUAAGAUCGCUCUCUCGGAGGGUAAGUGAUCCUCAUGCUGCUUUUGUAAACUGAAUGUACAGCUCCCUCUACACUGUCCCCCAUCAAACACUCCCAGGACAGGGACAGUGUAACACUCCCAUCAUGUGGCUUUUCCUUUUGUGAUGGUUUUAGCCCCUUUUACCCACCACCUGGGGCACAUGCAGUGGGCCCUGUCUGUCAUGGGCCAGUCUCUUCACCAUAUCAGUUGACAUGAAGCAGUGAAGCCACCUCUUUCACAAUGGGUUUGGUUUGCUCCCUGUCCAGUGUCUGCUACAAGAUGUAAGCGUUGCUCCUAAUGCCCCUCGGGUUAAGAACAAAACCGGGACAGAGUGCAAACAGCGAUUCUGAUAG